CGACGCGGCGGCUCUGGCACCGGCUGCCGUGAGGGCUCGGCUCGGCCCGGCCUAGGCCCGGCCCAGCAGCUGUGAAGUGGAAUGCCAUGGCCAGCUCCUCAGACAGUGAAGAUGACAGUUUCAUGGCCGUGGAUCCAGAAGAAGCUGUGGUCGAGGGGACAAUGGAGCAAGAUGAGGAGCCGCGUGCUGAGCUGGAGGUGGAGGAGCCCAGGCAUAACAGAUCCAUGUUGGAGCUCCCCGAGGAAGUUUUGGAGUAUAUCCUGUCCUUCCUUUCCCCCUAUCAGGAGCACAAAACUGCUGCCCUUGUCUGCAAACAGUGGUAUCGACUAAUCAAAGGUGUGGCCCAUCAGUGUUAUCAUGGCUUUAUCAAAGCAGUGCAAGAAGGAAACAUUCAGUGGGAGAGCCGUACUUACCCUUACCCAGGAACCCCCAUCACGCAACGCUUCUCACACAGUGCAUGUUACUACGAUGCCAACCAGUCGAUGUACGUGUUUGGAGGCUGCACGCAAAGCAGCUGUAAUGCUGCCUUCAAUGACCUCUGGAGACUUGAUCUGAACAGCAAGGAGUGGAUCCGGCCCCUGGCAUCAGGUUCAUACCCCUCACCCAAGGCUGGGGCCACGCUGGUGGUCUACAAGGACCUGCUGGUGCUGUUUGGGGGCUGGACGCGGCCCAGCCCGUAUCCCCUGCACCAGCCAGAGAGGUUCUUCGAUGAAAUCCACACAUACUCGCCCUCCAAAAACUGGUGGAACUGCAUCGUGACCACCCAUGGCCCUCCUCCCAUGGCAGGACACUCCUCCUGUGUCAUUGAGGACAAAAUGAUUGUCUUUGGGGGUUCGCUGGGCUCUCGGCAAAUGAGCAACGACGUCUGGGUGCUGGAUCUCGAGCAGUGGGCUUGGUCCAAGCCAAACAUCUCUGGGCCCAGCCCUCACCCACGGGGUGGCCAAUCUCAGAUUGUCAUAGAUGACGAAACCAUUUUAAUCCUUGGUGGCUGUGGUGGUCCCAACGCACUGUUCAAAGACGCCUGGCUGCUGCACAUGCAGGCAAACCCCUGGACGUGGCAGCCACUCAAGGUAGAGAAUGAGGACCACGGAGCCCCAGAGCUGUGGUGCCAUCCUGCCUGCAGGGUAGGACAGUGUGUCGUGGUCUUCAGCCAGGCUCCCAGUGGCAGAGCCCCGCUGAGCCCCAGCCUGAACUCCCGUCCCUCUCCCAUCAGUGCCACACCGCCCGCCCUGGUCCCCGAAACGCGCGAGUACCGCUCCCAGUCCCCAGUCAGGACCACAGAUGAGGCUCCCUGCGUCAACGGCCGCUGGGGCACCCUGAGGCCCAGAGCCCAGCGCCAGACACCCUCAGGUUCGCGGGAGGGCAGCCUCUCCCCAGCCAGAGGUGACGGCUCCCCGGUGCUCAACGGUGGCAGCUUAUCGCCGGGGGCUGCGGCGCCUGGCGGGGCCUCCUUGGACAGCCCGGUGCAGCUCGUAUCGCCCGGCACACCCGGAGCCACUGAAGGAUGCGAGCUGAAAGUUGGGCUCGCCCUGGCGCCACGGCGGGGCUCGCUGCCGGAGCAGAAGGACCUGCGUUUGGGCUCGGUCGAUUUGGGCUGGGAGCAGAAAGCAGCUGCCCUGUGCCAGGCGGACGGCGCCGACGGCAGGACGCUGCGCAACCCCCCCGAGCACACCAAUGGCAUCCACACCCCGCCCCACUCCCUGCCGGGAGCCGUGUCCCCCGGAGCGCUCCGCAGGAGCUUGGAGGCCAUCAAAGCUCUCUCCUCCAAAGCCCCUCCAGCUUCUGCUCUCAGCCCCCCGCUCGGCUCCUCGCCGGGCUCCCCAGGCAGCCAGGGCAGCGGUGCUGACGCGCGGCCGGGCUCUGCGCAAGGCGACGGCCACUCGCUGCCACCCAUCGCCCGCCGCCUGGGCCACCACCCUCCGCAGUCCCUGAACGUGGGGAAGCCUUUGUACCAGAGCAUGAACUGCAAACCCAUGCAGAUGUACGUGCUGGACAUUAAGGACACCAAGGAGAAAGGGCGAGUGAAAUGGAAGGUGUUCACUAGCAGCUCGGUGGUGGGGCCGCCCGAGACCAGCCUGCACACGGUGGUGCAAGGCAGAGGGGAGCUCAUCAUAUUCGGUGGUCUGAUGGACAAGAAACAGAACGUGAAGUACUAUCCCAAGACAAAUGCCUUGUACUUUGUGCGAGCAAAGAGAUAAUGUGGCCCGAGCUUACUGCCACCGCCCCCCUCCCCCGUGGCUCUCCCUCUCCCUCUGAAAUCUGUCACGCAGGCAUUCAAACUGUGAAUUAGGGAACAACAAACAAUGCAGCUCAAGCCGACCUCCAGCACGUCCCGGUGAAGCAAAUCGUGUUUACAAGCAGGGAGCAGCGCCCUGCUGUAGGACCUGUUACUGUGCUCCACGCUGCAGCCCAGGCCAAGGAUGUCGGGCGAGUCACGGUGCUUUCCUAGAGCCGACCUUGCAGCUGGAGGCCGUCAGCUCAUUGCACUGACGAUUCCCGUGCUUGGAGGAAAGAAAACAACAGCAAUACCUGAACAAACUUUCAGCACUGCAAGCUGUGACCGUAAGCUUUGCUCGACACGAACACGAUGCCUUCUUUUUGCCUCUCACCCCUUUGGCCUGACAGCUUCAUUCCUGUCCUCGUCGCAGGACCGUAAGAAGGAAGAAAGGACAGUUUUGCAUUGUAAAGCCAAAAAACAAAAAUCAUUGUGAAUAGGACGGGCAGGACUUGCUUUCACAGCCCUCCUUGCCCAGCAGCCUUGGUGCUGUGCUGCUGCACAUUCCCAGCAGAGGGAUUGGAAAUGCUGAAAGGAACAGCCCGAAUGCUGAGUGCUGGUGCACCGAGCGGCACGGCGUGAGCCUCCACUGCAGGAACAAAACCAUCUUUGCAUGUGCCUCCUUCCGCAAAGAUUAAAACAAAGCAAAAUCCAAA